GUGCGAGAGCCUUGAGUAGUGACGUUACUGUGUACUGUGGCUAAUAUAAAAUGGAGAUAUUAUUUGGGACAUGGUCACAGGUCACAGUGACUGUGAAAUUUAACUGUUGAAAUUUCUAUUUAUUAUGGUUUUAGCAAUAGAUUUUGCUUUGCAUCAUAUUUUCACCAAUGAAUCCAACACGAUCAACUAAUGUUCGGCGACAUGAGGAAUCAAGAUCUGCUCGGAAUGAAGACCAGGAUGCUCAUUUAAUUUCACGCUCAAGGACCGAAGAAGAAAAGCAAAGACGUAGACGUGAAUGGCAACGGCAGCAAGAGCGGGAAAGGCAACAUGAAAAAUUGAAGCAGCAAAAGAUAUUAGAGUAUGAAAGAAGACGUGCGCAAGCUUUAGGAUGUGGUGAACCAAAAUCUUUAGAUCGUAGUCGAAGCAAAAGCAGUAGUAAGUCUCCUUCGCAGUACCGGCAUAGAGAAAAAUUUACGAUAAAUGUUUCCAAAUCUGGUACGCUGUUUGAAAAAUUAGAUGGGUCUACAAGUGGGACAGUUCCUUUGUUCAAAGGUCCUGAGGGCAUACAAAUUAGUACUACUGAACUACGUCGAAUUAAAGUUGAUAUUCGCAGAAAUAUUCCUACAAAAGGACCUAUUCCCGAGCUACAACGAAGUAUACUUAAUGCCGAAGAGGUGGUCCUCAAAAGAAGAGAGGAAGAAGGAUGUAAACCAAUAUUCGACAGAGAAGAAAUUAAAAAAGCUGCUAAAAUUAAUGAAGUGGAGGAGCGACGAACAGUUGUAGCUGUAGAUGGAGAGCAGUCAGUGUCGACCAGCAAGCCGCAGACUUCCAAGAAACAUUCUUCAUCAUUGAGUCCUACAUAUAGUUCCAGAUAUUUAUCUUCCCAUCAAUCCAGAUAUCGUACAGAUUCAAAGUAUCAGGAUAACAGGACAGAAUUCCGUGAUCAUCAUAAAAAUAUCGGAAGAAGCAGCAUAGAGAAGCACAGAGAAUAUAAAGAGAAAUAUACAGAAAGAGAUGCGCAUAAAUACAACAUUAAUCGUUCGCGUUCUAGAGAACGGGAUUCGCGCAAGUCACAUUCCAGGCCACUCAUAGAAGAAAGAUCUUAUCGCGACAGAUAUCGUGACAGAUCGAAUGAACGUUUUCGUGAAAGAAGAGACAGAGAUAGAGAUAGAGAUAGAGAUAGAGAUAGAGAUAGAGAUAGAUCCAGAGAACGAAGGGAUGUAGCACCGCAUUAUAUCGAACCACCAAUACAUGUGCCUAUCUAUUAUAAUCUUCCUCCGAGACCAAUUGUAGUAAGCUCUAUGGUCCCAUUUAGAGGACAGGUUCCUCCUAUGGGAAGAGGCCGACAUUCUGCUUUAAUGGCACCGGUCAGACCAUUCCCUCCACGAUUUAUUCCCCCGGAUAUGUACAGGUUGGGACCUCCACCCCCAAAUCCAAGAUAUGGACCGUUUUAAAAGUGAAACAUAUUCUUUACGCUGAUCAUAUUUUGUAAAUUCUACAUAUUGAAUAAUAUGGAAUUGAUGAGAAGAGAAAAAUCACAUUCAUACAGCUGAUUAAUAUUACAAAUUUCAAGAACAAGAAGCAAGGGCAUACGAAAUCGUUACAGGUUGUAAAGGUCCAAUCAGACCAUAUUCUAUCAAUACUAUAUAAUACAUAAAAUAUUUUAAGAAUGGACAUUUUCAAAGAGGAAACCUACAUCAUCAAAAAGCAAAUGAUUAUUAAUGUCACUGUUCCUCUUGAAAACUUGAUUAAAAUGGAAUUUUAAAAAAACUAAAAAAAUAGUUACCAUUGAACAUGUACAGCACAUAUAAGUUAUGUCUAUUUUCUCUGAAUAGGUUUGUCAUAAGCCGUAAAAGAUUUACAGAAGUAAAGAGACUACUUAAAAGAAAAUCAUAUACAAAUAAUGUAAAGGAUUGCUGUCUUGAACAUUAUAAUAUCAUAUAUGAGAUUUUUACUAUCCAGGAAAAUGGUCAAGGAAACUUUCAACACUAUUAUUUUUGGUUUAAUAUAAGAGUCCGAUUUUGAUUCAAUAAAAAGAUAGGACAAACAAUAAAAAUAAUAUGAAGCA